AUGGCAAAAAAAAUCGAGGCGGCAAAUGAUAGGGACCAAGACCUAUACGAUGAUGCCGAGGACGUCAACGUACCAUUUGAGCCGUUCAAAGAUAUCUGCAAGAGGAGAUUCCUAUGGUAUUAUGAGUCUUAUCUAGAGGCGGCCAAGGAGGGAAGCAGCCUGGUCAAACCAAAACAGCCAUUUGUAACAAUGCCAUUUGAAUCCAAAGGCAGCAACACCAUGGAUGGUUCAUUUGAUUACCCGGACCUGGAAAGGAGAUUGAACAAUAUCAAAAAGGCUCUGGACGAAGAAACGGAGUCCUGGCACGCGAAGGUCUAG